AUGGCCAAAACAGCUCUUAUCACAGGCGCAACCGGCUUGCUGGGUACACAGGUAGUCAAAGGUUUCGAUCGAGCUGGUUGGGAUGUAAAGGGCACCGGAUUUACACGCGCCAGUCCGCCUACGAUCUUGAAGCUUGACCUAGGCUCCGAGGCAGACAUCGCGACGACACUCGAACAAGUCAAACCUCAGGUUGUAGUACACUGUGCUGCGAACCGUUUCCCAGAUAAAUGCGACAAUGACCCCGAAGGCACACGCGCUCUCAAUGUCGAAGCUUCUGCCUCCCUAGCCAGACUCUGCGCUGCCAGUUCCAUCCUCCUAAUCUACAUCUCUACCGACUACGUCUUCCCAGGCACACAAGGCGAUGCGCCAUACGAAGCUACAGACGCACCACACCCACCGAAUCUAUAUGGAGAGACGAAGUGGGAAGGCGAGAAGGCCGUGCUCGCUGAGUAUGAGAAGGCUGGCAAGGAGGGAUGGGGAGUCGUUAUGAGAGUUCCUGUUCUUUACGGAGAGGCUGGUUCACCGGCUGAGAGUGCUGUGAAUGUUCUUAUGGACGCUGUUUGGAAGGCACAGGAGAAGGGAGCGAGUAUAAAGAUGGAUCACUGGGCUAUCAGAUAUCCUACCAAUACAGAAGACGUGGGCAGAGUUCUACAAGAUGUAGCAACCAAAUACCUCUCCACAGACGACAAGGCAACACUCCCCAAGAUCCUACAAUUUUCAUCCGAAGACAAGGUGACCAAAUAUGAGAUCUGCGAGAUCUUUGCGGAGAUCAUGGGUCUGCCUCUGGAUGGCAUGGUUGCGAAUACGGAGGGCAAUGAUCCCAAUGCUAGUGUCCAAAGACCUUACGAUUGUCAUCUGUCGACUAAGGCUUUGAAGGAUAUUGGAGUCCCUAUUGCUACUCAGGACUUCAAGGGCUGGUGGAGACGUGAGGCCAGAGCUUAUAGGAAGUAA